CUCAAAGAAUCCUAAGCCCCCUCCGUUCCCGUUUCAAUACCCUUUCCUCUAUAAAUUAUUCCCCCUUUUUUUUUCUUCUCCCUCACUCUCGCUCACUCGCUCACUCGCUCAAUUCGUGACGCAAUGGCGACGUAUCGGCCGGUAUUCGUUCUUGCGCUCAUUCUCGUAGCGGGGCCGGUUUCUCGGCCGAGCUACGCUGCUCACGACUACAGCGAUGCUCUCCACAAGAGCAUUCUCUUCUUUGAGGGCCAGCGCUCGGGCAAGCUCCCCCACAACCAGAGGCUGACGUGGCGCCGUGACUCAGCCCUGCACGACGGCGCUCAGGACGGGGUGGACCUAACGGGGGGCUACUACGACGCCGGGGACAACAUUAAAUUCGGCUUCCCAAUGGCGUUCACGGCGACACUAAUGGCGUGGGGCAUCAUCGACUUCGGCAAAAACAUGGGGCCCCACCUUAACGACGCCUUAACGGCGUUAAGGUGGGCCACGGACUAUCUGUUGAAGACGACGGCGACGCCUAACGUCGUUUACGUUCAGGUCGGCGACGCGUUCAGGGAUCACUCGUGUUGGGAGAGGCCCGAGGACAUGGCCCCGAGGAGGUGUAUGGUCGACGGAAAUCAUCCGGGUUCGGAUGUAGCCGGCGAGACCGCGGCGGCGCUGGGCGCUUCGAUCGUCUUCCUACGGGAUCCGGCGUAUUCCGGGGUUUUGCUCGAGCGGCCGUUAAGGUGAGUGUCACGUGUAUUCGAGUUCGCGGACAAACACCGCGGGGCAUACAGCAGCAGCCUCCGUAACGCGGUAUGCCCGUUCUACUGUGACUUCGACGGUUACCAGGACGAGCUUCUAUGGGGCGCAGCGUGGCUUCACAAAGCAUCACGGAAGCGAGAAUACCGAGAGUACAUAAAAGUGAACGAGCAGAUUUUGGGAGCUGGAGAUAGCAUUAAUGAGUUUGGAUGGGAUAAUAAGCACGCUGGGAUUAAUGUGCUAAUCUCCAAGGAAGUGCUGAUGGGAAAAGAUGAUUACUUCCAGUCCUUUAAGACAAGAGCGGACAACUUUAUUUGCUCGUUACUCCCGGGAAUAUCUCGGCACCCUCAAAUCCAGUACUCCCCAGGAGGUUUGCUGUUUAAGGCGGGAGGGAGUAACAUGCAGCACGUGACAUCCCUCUCGUUCUUGCUCCUCGCUUAUUCCAAUUACCUCAGCCAUGCCAACGGUCACGUGCCUUGUGGUGGGGACUCGGCGUCGCCAGCUCAGCUAAAGCGAGUCGCAAAAAGACAGGUUGACUACAUUCUCGGAGACAACCCACUACGUAUGUCAUACAUGGUCGGGUACGGUCAGCAUUAUCCUCGCCGCAUCCACCACCGUGGCAGCUCCCUUCCCUCUGUUAGGGCCCACCCAGCACAUAUCGGGUGCAAAGCGGGCACAAACUACUACUUAACUCAAGCUCCGAACCCGAAUCUCUUAACGGGCGCAGUCGUAGGUGGACCCUCAAACAUUUCGGAUUCGUUCCCGGAUGCCCGGCCCGUUUUCCAGCAGUCCGAGCCCACUACUUACAUUAAUGCCCCGCUUUUGGGAUUGCUGGCUUAUUUCUCUGCCCACACCACUCUCACGUGACGAAGGACUUAUGACUGGGGGCGUUUCUGUUUGUUUGGUGAUGAUUAAAUUUGUUUCGGGGUAAUAUUAUUGUGAUUGAUUGAUUGGAAAAUGACGAGGAAUGAAAUUCAAUGAAACGGAUAUUAAUUGUGAAA